GAAAAAAUGAAAUACCUGCUUCAAGGUCAGGUGCUCAUUCACUUCCUAAAUCCAAUAAGAAUAAUGUGCUCAGUACAAGCCACUCAAAGCAUAAUUAGAUUGGUCAAACAGAUAUAUAUUGUUCAAAAGAGUGCAAGAAUACAAGACCCCUUUAAAAAUACUAAAAGUUCUUCAAAUAAAGCAAAGGCUGGUUGUGAUUCCUCAUCUUUGUCUGCAAAAUCACCACUUCAGCAUCCUAGAAGGAAUAUGCCAUCAAUGAAGGUAUUUAAUGACAUGCUUCAUGAGUUGGACAUUGGGAGAAAUAACCCAGAUGGCGCAGACCAGGGUUUUAUUGGAAGUUACUUUCCAGACUUGCUUGACCAGCCAAUGUUCCACCCACCACUUAACGGGUACCAAGCUUGUUGGAACAUACAGACUUCCUUUGGGAUAUCAAAUGGAUGCCUCCUCCUAUUAUUUGGGUUCUUACAGGGGACAAGAUGGAAACAGCCAUUAAUAUAGCUUAUGCUUAGUAUUUAAAAAAGUUUUGGCAUCAUUUAUAAAAAAAAAAAAAUUUCUUACUAUAGAUAUGUUGUUUCCUUAUUUAUUUAUUUAUUAGUAACAACUUAAAUCAUAUUUCUCUGUUUUUCUUUGACUCAGCAUGCAAGCUGAUUGAUA